AUGAUGAUUUCAUCACAACCGAAGGAAGGUCGGGUGCAUAUUCAGGACCAAAGAGGCUACUACAUCUUGUAUGAUACGGCGCUUGCAGCCUUUAAGUAAGUGCAUUUUCCUUUAACACCAGCGAAUGAUGAAAACUUGUUCAAAAUUUUUUUCCUCUUAAAAAAGAGUGUAAGUAACGCGACAAACGACAAGCAGAGUUUACACAAGCUUAUAUGUUUUUUGUUUGUUUUUUUGGACUUUAAAUGGUUUAAUAUUUUACUACAGGGAACUGGAGACUGAACUUUUGCUUGUGGCCACCCAUUUCCUUCAAAAAGACAAAGAUUUGAGGCUUCCCAAAAAUUCAAAGGUUAGUGGUAUUGAUCAUUCCACCAUUUAGCCUUCGUCUAAAUGUCCCCGUUGCAUUUCAACGCUUUGAUCAUUAUUUUUGGGGUGGUGGACAAAAAGCGGUAAUUCUUUGCGUGUCUAUACUCUCUUGUUUAACACAGAAUGAUACAUUGAACGUGUUUCUAGAUUAAUGUAAACCUUAAUACCUUAUAACCGGUUAGACUUGACAGCAUAUUUUGUGCUUAUAUCAGUUUCAGGGAGAUCAUAUUGAUCUGGCAGCGUAUGGUCAUCAGCAAGUGGACAGAUUUGCUGUUCUUUUGGAUUUAUGGACAAAUGAAGCUGCAUAUUUGGAAAACAAGAGACAGGUAACUGUCCUGACUAGAUACUUUCCAUAUACCUGUAUUAUUUCCUGGCGGUGCGAAGGGCGGGUUUUACGUCAUUCAGUAGGGGGAGAUGUCAGCCUCAUGGAUAUUGCGCUAGAAUCAAAGUGGUGGAUUGGCUUGAAUUCAAUUCCUUGCCUUUGUCUUUGAGCUUUUUUUAGUGAGCGAGAACCUAAAAUACCACAGUUCCCCAUAAAUUGAAAUUAAAGUUUGAGGAUAUCUUUUUAUGUUCUUUUAAUUUUUUAUCUAUUUAUUAUCCAGCUGUUAGACUGUUAUCUGGAGGCUUAUCAUCAUGUCUUUGACCCAAAAGAGAAAAAACGGCUCGCUCAGGUUUGUCGAAGUCGAAAUGAUUGACAAUUUUUUUAUUAAAGAUCCCCGGUAUUUAUUUCCACCUAAGUUUGAAUGUCUAUUAUUUGUUUGUUUACUUUUUUUCUUUUUUUAUAAUCGUUGAAUAGUUUUUUUUUAAAUUUCCUUGGAAGUUUUCCUCCCAGUGUGAUAAAAUAGACAUACUGAUAUCCAUAGCUGGUACCUACGGGGGCACUGAUAAGGGUUACGGCGGGAAAUUUGUAGGUGAUAAAUUUUUCAAGUUGGACGAACUGUGGCAUAGCCCAUUUGAUUCUCCUUAUUUUUUCCAUCUCAGAUUAUGGUUAAUGUGAUGCAUUCGAGACCAAGAUACGAUUUUUCUGCUGACUACUUCGUGAAGACAUAUCGAGCUGAAUGUGUCUGUCUGCGACUUCAUUGCAACUUAAUCAAGUCAAUUCUCGACAAACAGGUGUAGUAUGGAAACAUGUAUUUUGGUACACAUUUAUUCGGGGGAACCUCAAGUUAAAAUGCAUCAACUUGUUCCAACAGUUAGAGCUUUUGCUAGAGUGAUUGGCUUAUAAUUUAUCCUCACUUCAUCACCCUUGAUACUGUGAAAGUCAUGAGAAUGAGGUAAAUAAUCACCUAUUUAAGAAGCUCCUGAUUGUUUAACAAAUUCCCUUGUCUGUACCAGAAAAAUGUAAAGAUGACAAUAUGGAGAAAAUGAAUGCCUAUGUUAGGAUGUAAAGGCUGUAACUACCAAACAAAAUCUUAUAAAUUUGACAUGUAUAACAUUCACGUUAACUUUGAUUUGCAAACGAACUCACAGAGAGAUCAUUCAAUUUUUUUCUUCAAUUUCAGAUUGACGAUGAGCGAGAGUACAUUCAGAAAGUUUCAAGGGAAGAUAAUUCUAGUAAGUUGAUAUUUGAUAUUAGAACUUGAUUAUUUUAACAAGCUUUUCGAAGUCAUGCUAUUAUUUGACAGGGGAAUGCAUUUAUUUCUUCUUCACCUAAUUAUACUUGGUGUAAUGAAACAGGGACACGUUUUAUGCAAAUUUUAUGAUACUUAAAAAGAAGCAUUUUACAAGCCGGCAAAGAGGAAAUAUAAAUUUUUGACUUAAUAGAAUGAUUUUGAUGAAACCAUAAUCUUUUUUUUUUUAAUGUAACUCUUACAGCAUUGUUUGGUCUUCCCCAUCGGAUCAUUCCUCAACAGCAUAUUGCAGUGAACACCAGUCGGUAAGGAAACUGAUACAGAUAUUUAAAGCCAUUUUAACAUUUUGCUUUGGUAUGAUAAAAAAUAAAUAGAUUCCAAGUUGCCUUGGGUCACCAGAAGUGGUAGGAAGAUCAGUGACGCACUCAGCUGUGCCUCGUAUGCCACUUUUUUGUUCUUAGCAUAGUUCAGGUAAUCUGAGAUCUAUUACUAAACAGAACAGGCCAAUUUGUUGCGAUUUUCCUCGAUCACAGGUGCUCCCUCCCUAACCAUAUCGCUUUUGCAAUACAGAAGCCUUUGAAGAGGGACUGUCGCUAGCCUUAAAAAAACACAAACGUACGAAAAAGCCAAACUUUAGCGCCAAUGGUGAAUUUUUUUUUUUACAGCCACAUAAUAAAUAUAUUUUCGUAUUAAGCUUAAACCUUGUGGUCUUAAAUUUAUUCUAUUUCCGGAUGACGCAAGCAUGUAUUAAAACUUUACUAUGAAUUGAUUUUUGUCACAGACCCGCCCUUAGAUACGUCUACAUGUUGGAAUUCCAUCCAUCCCUUGGUCUAGCCAGCAGAGUAUACGAGGCAUUACAGAGCGCUUUGAAGGUAUGCAUUUUUUCCCUUAUUUUUGUAACUUGCAUAAAGUAUUUCUUGGUGGAUUUUUUGAGUGCUAGGCUGUGCCUUAAAAACAAAAAAAAUUAAACUCACCUGCUCAUGCAUCUAUGAGUUGCGCUCGGAAGCAAGUCAUCAAAAACCUUUAAAUCGUAAAUAUCAUGGAAGAUCCUCUUACAACACGACUUUGUAAAACUGUUGGCUGUUAGUUUGGUUAAAAAAGGGUAAAGAAACUAAGUCGCCAAGGUAAUUUUUGCUCAGCAAGCAUCUUCAGCACUUUCACUUUUAUCGAUAUUAUCAAGUAAGCAUCCUUACACCCUGACAUUGCGUUCACUUAUUUAUCCAUUUAGUUACUUAUCUACCGACUUAUCUAUUUAUUUCUUCAUGCAUUUUCAUUUUAUGUUAUUUUAACCUAAUAUGAAUUUUUUAAUGUGGCCUUUUAUCUCGUAAGUGAUCAUGGUAUUUUCCUAGUUUCUCAACGUGAUUUUCGCCUCUUAUUAGAUGUUUAUCCAGAUACACAAACCAAAAAGUACAGGAGAGAUGAUAUCACUUGAACGUCGCUUAUAUGAAGUAGCACAAAAGGAAUGGGACAGUCAGGAACCAACUGGCCACUCAUUUGCACUGCAGACACAGAAAGACGUGAGUACUACAGCCUUAAAACAAAGGGAUGGGCCACUGUGAACGCUUCAAUAAUAAAAUUUUUAUAUAAAAGGUGGAUCAUUGAAGCUCCUAUCGCAAUUUCUGUCAUAAUUUCUUUUAGUCUGGUACUUUCACUAUGACAAAUUGAACCGAUUGUCAGUAAACAUUCAAAAUUAAUAUCUAACACCUCAAUGUUGUUCUUUCAUCUCAGCUCUUUUCUGAAGUAUUCGUGGAAGAUCCUAUCUUUGUUUGUGAAGUUGCACAGUCCCUGGUAAACCAAGCUUUCAAUUCCAAAAAGGGUGGACGAAAGUCUGUUAAGGAAAAGCAAAAGAUACUCACGGAAACCUGGUCAAAACUGUUGGAGGUAAGCAGUGCGAUGUCUUAAACGGGUACAUACCCAAAAAAUAGAAAAUAACUUUUGUUUUUACCUUUUUUGCGGUGUGAGGAACUUUACAAAGCGGCUCAUAUUUUCCUUUGAAUGUUUCAGGUUAUAACUUUAAGACACAGGCUCAUAACUGCUGCCCAGGAAACAGAUGUAGUCACGAAAGUAAGUGUGUUUCCUGGACGAUUACUCAGGUAGUCUUUCUCUGUUUAACACCCUAUCGCGACAGCAAUCCUCUGAUUUACCUACAUUAGUAUGGAUCAUGGCCAUAGGCCACGCAAUCGCCUUGCCCAAAUCCCAGGAGAGGCAAGCAUAAGCGAAUUCUCUAAAGCCAGAACUUAUCCCAGUUUCAGUAUUAUGAAGCGACUUGGAGUACUGCUACUAUCUCGUGAACGGGAUAUUUUCCAUGGAAGGGUCAGCCCACGCACUUUUAUUAAGUUUCACAGACAAUUCUCCCCUACCCAUUAAUGUUCUAGAGUGGAGAGAAGUUUGUGAGUCAGAGUAAAGUGUCAUCCUAAUAGCAAAGCACAGUGACCCGAUCAGGGCCCAAACCCAAUAUUUCCCAUCAAAAGGCUUUGCUCAUAGGCUAUGGCGUUUUCUGCAUGAGGAGGAUGAAGGUAAACACAGUUUCCCUUUAACACAUUUUAUUUACUGAGAAACAAAAAUCAUAGAAUUGUGUUUGUCACAAGUGUAAAAAUGGCGAGAUUUACGUGCAUGGCCUUCUGCAUCACAGACACUCCCAUCUCAUAGAGACUCGUGCCAAAUUAAAAAUUUAUUCAUGCUAAAUUCGGUGAUGAUGACCUUAAAAGAGUUAACAACAUUUGUCUUUCCAUAGGCAUACAAGCGACAAGCCAAAGAGAUUGGAUUUGAUGAAUACCAUGCGUUUCUUCGUGCCGUGUCGUUUGACUUUGCACAGGCUAAACCAGAUGCUGAGAUACAAAAUGUUCUCAUCACCGUGGUACAAGAAGACGAUAGUAGGGUAGACAGGUGAUAACACAACCCUUUUCCUUUGUUGUUGUUCUGGUUAAGUCUAUUUGGCUCUAUUCAGAGCUUUUCUUUUCUAAGUGUCCCGAGAGCAAAACUUAAGUAACCACUGUAACGAUAUAGAUGUAAUCGUUAAUUCAUUUCCGGUCUAUGUUACGUCACUAAUGCCAUGGUAACCGGCAGACCAGGCUUUCCGCUUCAGCUUUUCGACCUGGGUGUGUGUGCGUUGAAUAAACAACACAGUCGUAGAACUGUUUCUGCCUUCUUGUUCUACAUCCGAAUAACUUUACAACCACAACGGCCAAUCGGUAGAAAGGAAAACAUCAGAAAGACCCUUUUUGCUUUUUACCAUGAAGGAUCGUUUCCCAAUGUCCACAAUUGAAUAUGAUUAUACCGUGUUAUUCUGGUUUUCAUUUUUCUCCCGUGUCUCACUCUAUCUGGGUUUCGCACUUUUUUUCAGAUACACACCAGCAUAUACUCCUCUGGCCAUUCAAGAACUGGAUGAAAAGCAUUUGGGCACGUUCAGCUUUCGCACAAGAGAAGGAGUGUUGCAGGUACGUUGAUAACACAUCGAACAACCCAGUGUAUAAUUGUAUAAAGAUUGCGCUAAAAAAAGGUCUUUAGGAUGUGAACGAGGUCGAGGUUCAUACUUUAUAAGACUAUCUACAGGCAUCAAAAGCUGUCUGAAAUGAUACUCGUUAUUAACAGAUCGAACUUCGGCUUCGCUUUUAUUCGAUUCUGUUAAUCGCUCACAUGAUUACAGACCGAAUUGGACUCUUCUCGGUCCUAACCAUUAUCAAUCGUAUAUGUGAUCAGAAUCCCUCCAUUGUAGAUUAUGUCAGGAACAGGCGUGGAAAAGUUACAAACGAUCCUAAUGGCUCAGGUCAGUACAAUUGAUACGAAACGGUUUAAAUUAUCUCUCUUUCUAUACAAGCUUUGGAUGGAUACCUCCACCUCCAUGCAUACUUGUAUAUUUAUCAAUAAUGGUCAAAUCGUUUUACUUAUACCAUGUGAUUUUCGGUUGCAUGAUUUGAUCACUUAUAAUUACUUUGGACACCUUGAGUAUCUGACCUUUUGCUUUGCCUGUAGGUUGUUCACAAGAAUCUUAUCAUUGCAUCCAUUCUUCAACUCGACGGCUGUUCAAAAAUCAUCAAAGCUGCAAAAGCAAAGGAAGCAGAAACCGAGAAAAGGUAUUUGUCCAGAGGUUAAGUCAAUUGAACUGCGAGAUGAAAAAGUGACAUUGAAUUGCUUUUUUUGAUGUUGCAAACCCCAAGGGAAAUUCAUCCUCGAAACUAGUGAGGAUCGAGACGCUUGAAGAACGUUUCGAGGACCUCCAUCGCAGUUUCGAGAAAAUAAGUUCUUUUUUUGUAAAACAAUAGCGAAGGGCAGAGUACAAGCUAAGUAUUUGAAGCAUCUAAAUUAUUCUUUCAUUUUAAUCAUUGGUUUUUUUUUUGGUUUUUUUUUUUAUAACUUUGAUUUUAAUGUGACCAUUUUGGAAACGCCGGGCCCUAUAGGGUGCGAUAAAAUGACUGAAAUGUCGCUUCUAAUCUACUUACAUGAAUGAAUUAAAAAAGCCUGAACAAAUGCAUAAUUUUGUCCUCCCAAGCGGUCACCUGAUUCUCUUGAAAUUUGAUUCGCUUUCAGCGCUGGAUUGUCCCCAGGCUCCUCGCAUGACACUUCCUUUGCCAGUCGGCCUAGUUCAGGCGAGGGAACGUCUGCUCAUCUUGCACCAUUCUCCACCAAGAGACUGGACCGAGAGUUUGAACGCAAGCUUCAGGAGGUGUUUGUAUCGGUGCAGUUGGAGAAGGUGUGUUGCAAAAUAGGAAAACAUCUUUUAUAAAAAUUAUUGUUUUCUCUUUUUCUGCACAAUGUUUGAUUCUUCCAAAAUAUUGCGUUUAUCAAUUAGAAAUCACGCUACAUUUUUGUAAUCUGUCAAAUAUAAAAUUUCCAAAGAAUAAAACAGCGUUUUGUUUUUCCAGACGUUUUUGAGAGAUAAAAUGUUAAAUGACUAUAUACACAAAAAGGAACAAUUGGGAACAGUCAUGAAGAACAUCGAUGAGGUUAUCAAGCUGAAAAGGUGAGUUUCCUAACUCAGUUGUGGAAGCAAAUUUGUAAAAGAGAUCAAUAAACCAGUUGGAGGUGGAAUUUGUUCCGAACUGAACACAUUAAUCACAGACGAAGAACUAACGCUCAAAACGCCAGGUUAAGAAAACUCUUCACGAUGGCCAAUAUACAUCAUUACCUCAGUUGUUAAAACCAAAUUAUCUUAAAAUAUUCCCCACCGACGCAGCACCACAGUUUCUUUAGAAAAUUACCCGCUUUAUUCAUUAAUUCAUUCCUAGAUUAUUUGUUUACUUUAUUCCGACGCUUCUUUGCUUCAGAAAAUUAGUCACGGAUUUCUGCGAAAACCUUCACAAGAGAGUGUCCCAGUAUUCCCUGCAGUCUCAGGUAGCUGUUCUGUCCUGCAAAUUUCCAUGUGCCAAAUCGUAUUGAAAUACUAAGACACUGGCUGAGCUACACAAUGUCUGGUGGCCGCCCGUAAUUCAUGUUAAUAUUCCUUACAACUUCGAUCUCUUUCGUUUAUUAUCCCCAUUUUGGUGCUUACCCUAUCAUAUCAAUGUUACAAUUUUGUGUUGUUGAAGAAAAUUAAGCUCUCAGAAAAAAGGUUUUCAAAUUUCCUGAAGUGAUUUUUUCAAGCCAAAGUUAAUAAAACAGGGUUAAUCAAGAUUGAUUGUAGACUUCUUAGUGAUUUAUGUGGUAUUUUGAAUCUUUUUAAGACUGCCGUAGUUGGGGGAGACUCGUCAUCCUCACAAAUAUUCGAGGCAAAAAAUUGAGGUUAAACUUAGGAGUAAGGCCAUUUUAUUUCAGUAUUUUCAAUUUUUUUCUUAAAUACGCUUUUCCUGUAUCUUGUAGAUAAUCGCUUAUUCUGCAAGUCUGUUAAAUCUUAUGGCUGACUUUCCAACCACAAGGUACGUGUGAGAAUUCAUUGUUCAGUCCAUCACACCUUAUGUAACAGUUUAAAAUUUCAGACAAGGAAAGAACCUUUAAAAAAGCUUGGCAUACUUAGUAACGUUAAACAAAGAGUGGCCAUGAACAAGGCUUGAUUAAGUAGAACAAAUCUUGUGGUUAGCAGGAGGGAGUGCUUGAAACCGGACUGCCUGAUUCUAAGACCAGCGUAAUAACAUUUCUGUCACGCUGGCACCUUUAUAUUUUGUUGGAAGAAGUGUAGUAAUACGAAGAAUUUAUGGGAUAAGCGCCAGUCUACAUUAGUCAGCGAUUACGCAAGUCUUAAGAACUGGGCGAGUUUUCUUUUAUUUUCCCUCCACAAAGCCUCGACUUCGUGAACUCGACCCAGUUUUGUUUUCUCCCACCCCGAACUUAUGGAACCUUGGCCGGGUAAGAACUGUCAUUAAAUCCUACUCUUUUUUCGUUUCUUAGAGAUGCUCAUUUUGUUAUUGGCGAGGAAGAUGAGAAGAAAACUGAAGAAGACGAUAACUUAGUUUCUGAUCCCAAGUACGUUACAUUCAUUUGCUGUACAUGACAAAAUUUUCUCUUUUGCUGUAUUCCACCUAUCUUGUUUUUCUCUCUGUUUUUGUUCGUGUUUUUGUUUUUAACUUUAUCUUAUUGGAAGGUCUUAAUAUUGUAUUCUUGAGGGCUUUCUUUGAAAAAGGAAAUGAUAUUAAGAAGAGUGAUUUUGCUUUCGAGGCAGUCGUAAACCUCAGGUUCUUGGAAAACGAGACAAUGUCUCAAUAAUUGCAAGUUAAAGAGGUAGAGCGAUGGAAUGUCGAAAGCCAGUAUCGCAGCUCACAGUUUUCCUUACGGUUCGCUUUCGGAAAGCUGUUCGCUUCUUGGAACAGAUAAUGUCCACGUCAAAUAUCCGUGCAUAUUUUCGCACAAAAUAGAAGCUAUUGUGUUUAACAUCGUGCAACACACGUGAAAAAAUGUAAUAUAAUAGCGCGCUGUAUUUAUUUAUUUUUUAAGAUUAAAUCUGUACAUUCACACCUUAAGCCUUAAUUUUUCCCCAGGCAAUUCAGACCCAGACCUCGAAGGCUGCUGUCGUCCGAUGGCAAAAGUUUGUUAAACCUCUGGUUUAUUCCUCAUUACACCGAGGUAAAGGGAGAACAUUCAAUGGGUGAUCAGCAAAAGGCCUGAAAUAAGUUACUUAUUGAUGCAGCUUUUUACACAUGAUAACCUUACACCUUAUGGAAUAUGAACAACCUUGCUAGUUUUUUACUGAACUCAACGAUUGUCUCAAUUGAGUGUGAAAAGUAAUCAAAAAGCGACUUGGUCACCUGCGUUUUCCCGCGCUUUGGGCAGUUCACCCGGUUUUAGUUUGAGUUCUCAUUGGCUGUUAAAGAUUUUUCCUUUCUUCUGAUGACGAAACAAAAACUCAAUCGAUAGGCGCUCUUAAAUCAUGUUCUUGCUUUUUUUAAAUUUUCAGAUAACAAGGAUGUUUUCUAAAAUGAAAGGAGAUCAAAGAAACGCAGCUCUCAAAGUGAUGCUGGUGAGUUGUUCCUGUCAUCGAAAUGAUCCUGUGUUUAUUUUUUUUCACCAAUUAACCAACUUCACUUUUUCCCUCAGAGUCUUUUUGUUCUAUAUUUAGAACACUUGUGAACAAAGAUGCUUGCAUGAUCUUAAUGCGGUUUCUAUUUUAUUCGUGUUAUAGCAACUUAUUUCAUCGCUUCACGACAUCUGUCAGUACCUCUGUGCGCAUGCCCGCCUUGGCAGCUCGCAUGCCCGACUUGGAUCGCAGAAGCUGGAAUUUUCAGGGGUGACAGCUGACUGGGGAGGCACUGAGGGCAUUGGUGAGUAUACAGCUUAGAGAAAGCCUUUUAAGUAGCCUUCAUCUCAAUGGGAUAUGGUUUACCUCUACCUUUGUCCCGAUUGGCUUUUUUGUUCGGAGUAUGAAUCUGUGGUAUUGGUUUGGUGAAAAUCGAUGAAAAAGCGCUCUAUCUGUGCUAUCUGCAUUACCAGCUCUCUGCAUUACUGCACAAUCUCUUUGUAACGAAGUCCUUAAGGUAAUGGUAGUUUUAGUUUUUUUUUUCGUAAGCGCACGCGGACGAAAGUCCAGGUCCCUCUUACGUUUAGACUGUGAAAGGUUUAGAGAUUGAAUACUUUUGACACUACUCGCUGAAAAUAUGCUUCAUUACAUUUAUCUCUUCACUUAUUAAUCCAGGUGCUGAGUUACGUGAGAUUCAGAAACAAAUCAACCAUCUGGAAAACCCGCACGAUCCUCAAGAGGUACACGAAUUAGUUUAGACAAUUCCUCUUACUGUCUCCCAUACAUUUCGUACAUUGUUAGUUAUGAGAAUUUAGUAUCAAUCUUAAAACAUUGCGUCUCUUCACUUACCUGCUUUUCGCUUUAUCGAUAUCGGAGGUAGGAAGAAUUUAUCAAUCAUGGCUGUUGGGAGCCAACGCUUACGUUGAGAGAACCGGUCAGCCAGCUCAGAGUUUAUUCUAACAAAAUUUCAUCAACUGUUUCUUAAAGCCCUAAUAAUGUAAUUCGUUUUUUUGUAGGUUGCAGACUUCCUGGCCAAACGCCGCGAUAAUAUGUUUUUGGAGUUCGACAUUUCCAUCAGCCACUCCGUGCGGGACACUUUCCUUUCUACUGGAAACGAGUCUGCCUAUAAAGUAAGUUGUCAGCAUACUUGGAAAAGAGGCAUAGAUAGCGUUUUACAACCAAUGCAAUCUCGUAGGGUGAUUAAAACCCUUCCAUAUGUUUUUGUCGCGAGGAGCCAUGUCAAACCCGAAGUAAAUAUACAAUGCCAGUGUCAAGGGCUGUACACCGUGAAAAACACAAACUCGUGAUUGUUUCACGUCUUGCAUGUAAUUGGUUGAGAUGGCAAUGCACGUUUUUUUAAACCAAUCACACAGCAAAUAUGUAGUAAACAAAUCCAAAAUAUUCUCGCAUUUCUUUCAGCAUGCAAUUGAAAAUUCUCAGUUACUUUAGUGAGCCGAUUAUUCCAAAGCUAGCUUACAUGUUGCCCUGACUUAUCCUCUGUUUCUAGUUUUUGUCUCUAUCUCUCACAAGGCCGUGUACGUAAAAUCCAUUUGGGUUUUUAUUGCCUACUGGCGAUACUUUCCUUCGAUGCCAUAGACUAUUGUUAUCAUUUUAGAUUUGAUUUUUUUUGUCCAUUUGUUUUUUUUUUUAUUUUUUUUUGUAUUCAGUCGAAACGUGCUUCUCACCCGACUGUAAGCAGUUCACAUUUGACUUUUCAUCAUCAGACCGCGCUAACACCAUGAUUGUCCCUAUUUUGCCUCUCAGAGCAUUACAGAUAACAUGGAGUUCGCUCUUCAAAACCUCAGCAAUCUCCCCAGGUAUGAUAGUAGAUUGAUUUGUGUUAAUUUUUCCUCUUCACAGCUUAUAAAUAGAGGUUUUAAAGAGGAGAAAAAAUAAAGCUCAAUGAAAUUUCCUUGUCAAUAUACCGGCUUUACCAAUGAGAUGUGGCGGACCUAAAAGAGGUUUGCAGAGGAAUUGUCUUCAAUUUGCUUCUCGACUUUACUUGCUUUUCCUUACUCCCCUUCCCCUAACUUUUGGUUAAGUAUCCACCGAUUUGUCGUGGUAAUUGCCACGGUGGCCGUGAUCUCCUUACUGGCUUACUGGUGAAGAUGUUGGUUUCCCGCCCUCCCCCCCCCCCGUCGCUAUCUUUAUGGCUUCUAAUACUGGCGAAAAAUAAUUCUAAGAAGAAAACCAAAAACAUUCCAUAUGCUGAAUGUCGCCUUUAUAUGCACUGUUCUUUAAUUUGCUGUUCUUUUCUCGUAGACCAUGCAUCUAUAAUGCCCAGAUCUCGUUACCUGAACCGUUAGAAGCAAAAGAGACUCUGGCACGAAGUUUGUAUCCUUGGAGAGCCUUCCUAGAAAGGUUAGUGAUGCAUUGCACUUGGGUUUAUUGUUUUCAAAAAUCCCUUUGUCGAGAUUCUGUCGGAAAAUGAUUAAAUACAAUGGAUAUUUGCUCCAAGAGGAGUCCUUUCUUCGCAUUAAUCUUUGCAGUUUCUCUCAUGAAAGAUGCAAGAUUUAUGUACCAACUAUUGAUGCAAAGAAACAAACCUGAGGACUGGGAGGAAAAAUAGAACCUCCGUCAAGAUGUUUGCUGCGACAAAAAGCACGCAGAAUGGAGCAAUUUCCUUUUGAAUGUAGAAUAUAAUUCGAGGGUUUGUUGGUUUUUUUACUUCGCUCCGUGAUUGGGUUAGAAAACUCGCGUCGGUCUCUCUACCAAUCAGAUGCAAAACUAAAACAAAUCACGAAUUUGUCGCCUGCGUUUUCUCGCGCUUUAGGCAGUUUGUUUAUUUUUUACUUUUAAAAGUAUUUUCCUUUCUUCUGAUUGGCCCUCGUGAUUGUCUUGGAUUUGUUUUUACGACACUCGAUUGGAAAGCGCUCUUAGCAAAGUGAUUCAAGGAAAACUCAAAGAAAACUUCAAUAACUUUCGCGAAGGGCGAAAACGGGUGGUUUAAGCCAGUGUUAAUUUUGGUUUGCUUACCAUUGCAGUCAAACUAGCAACUAUAUAUAUGGAAUACUUGAUGUAUAUAAAAAAAGAAUUUCUUAAUCCAUUUUUUACGAGAGUUCGCAAUGGAUCGAACCCAGAAAUUCUGAGUACCCGUAGAAUGUUCUGACACUGAAAUACUGCGAACUCUCAGCGAGAUUCCUCUGACGAAGAGCAGACGCAGGAAUCUUCAGCAUAGGUAACAAUUUACGGGGGCCAGUCUGCAUUAUGAACCAACCUAAUUAAACAAAAUCAUCUUGUAACGCCCCACCGACGAAGCACAACAUUUUCUCUGGAAAUUUACCCAUUUAUUCUUGUUGCGAUGGGUCUGCGAUACGGUUAAAUAACGGUACGAUAUUAUAGAAUGAUUAGAAUGAUGCGUAGCAAUCCCUCCAGUAUCAAAUUGUAAGAACUUUUAUUUCAGGUACGGUCCUUUCCCAAUGAUGUACUGGCAAUGGGACCUCAUUGGGGAGAAUAUCCACACGCAUAAAUUUGAAAACUAAAUAUUUAUACGUGUUUAGCUGGAUUACGUGAUGGAUGGACAG